AUGGCUGUCCCGCCCACUGACCCCAACACCACACCACCGAUCCUCACCGCGGCCCAGACUCGAGCCCUGCUCCACACUUUGCUCUCCAACGCCGCUAACGCAGCCCGGCCAAACAUGACAAGUCCCGGGCCUAAAGCCGUGCGCCAACAGCCGGUACAACAACAACAACAACAGACCAUUACCAUUGACGCCUCCACUCGCAUCAUGGGACAUUGCAACAACGUCGCCCUCGCUUCGCCCUCACCUACGGAGCAAGCUGUCAAGAUCGAGCAGCUGUUACGUGGUGUUUUCCAGCCAGCGGGGCCGGGAGAGGAGAAGACGAAAGCGAGGGCGAACGUCAGUCUCAAUGUCAACGUUCAGGCCGGGGUGAGUAUCGUGGGCAGUAAGAACGUUGUUGUCUUCAAUGGCAAAAGAGAUGUUGGCAAGGACAGCACCAAGGGUGACGGACCGUUGGCUGGGAGGAAGCGAAGGGCUGAGUCUGAGCCCGCAGAUAUCCGGACGACGCUGGGUAAGAAGGUCAAGCUCGAAGCUUAG